GUGUGUGUGUUCCAAAAUAAAAACCACUGACUGAGGUCUGCGCCCGCUGUCCUCCACAGCUGGAAGUGUGAUUUGCUCGGCGUCAAUCUCAACAACACGCUCCGUCCCCUCCCCUCCAUCCUGGACAGGAAAUUACAUUUCCCACUCACUCGCCAGACUCAGACGUGUGUGUGUGUGUGUGUGUGUGUGUGUCCUCGCACGUGCUCACCUGUCUGUUUGUGUCUGCCCUGUGUGCAUGUCCAUAUGUUUGUGUGUGUGUGCACGUGAGUGUGCCAAAUGUGUUUUCACUGUGUGUGACAGGAGGGGGGAGGGGCAGGGGGAGGUUCUGAGUGUCCAAUGUUUCAUAUUACACUCCUUUGCUAGGGGUGGAAAAAAAAGAGAAGAAGAGGAGGAGGAGGAGGAAACCUGGGGCUCCUUUUCUUCAGAGGCAUUUAACUGGGAGUUUAUGGAGGCUGCAGCCGUGGAAAAUGAAGAUCUCCUCUGUGGUCUUCGCUCUCCUGACUCGAGCACUGUUUGGAGAUUUGUGUUUGGCCAUCAACGUCACCAUCGUCCCAUCCCCCUUCACGGUGGCCCAGGAGGGUCAAAAUAUCACCCUCUCCUGUAUUGUGUCCCAGCGGCGCCGAAAUACCGCUUUACCUGUGGUGAAAUGGACCUUCCUACCAGCGGGCACCGACCGGCAAGAGGACGAACUCCUCAUCGCCCGGGUCAACAUGAGGAAGGCCCGUUUCUACGGCAACUACACCAAGAGCUUCCCGUGGCCCAAGCUGAAGCUGACGGUGGUGAAGCAGGGGAAGAUCUUUGACCUGCUGAUCCUGAACGUGUCCGAGGGGGACCGGGGGCUCUACAUGUGCCGGGUGCAGGAGUUUAAAAAGCACCAGGACCGCUGGAAGGCCUCGUCCAACUGCACCGCUGCUACUGAGCUCAGAGUGCAUGUCCUGCCGCCCACCAAGGCCAAAGAAAGCCUGUGGACCUUGUUUGAAGAUGUGUACCUGUGUGCAGUGCUGAUCUGCUCAGUGGGCCUGCUGUGCAUGUGCAUGUUCACGGUGACGGUGACCUGCCAGUACAUACAGAGAAAGCAGAGGUUAAAAGAUAAUUACCACCUGGUCAAAAGCCCACAAAACAGCUCAGGAGAGACAGUCACCAGUGUGGUCAGUGUGUCUCCUGCUCUGCCGAAGAAGGAGAGGAGGUACAGGAAGAAAAGGAGCAGAGACUACCAAGAGGAGAUACCACCAGAGAUACCGGCCAAAGCUCCCAUUGGAGACAAAACAAGGAAACCCAAACUUUUAAAACCACAACCAAGGAAAGUGUUGCUGCCGAAGAUAGUGGAGGAGAAUCUGACCUAUGCAGAGUUGGAUCUGGUGAAGCCAAUUCCAGAGGCCAAGGCAUCGCGUAGCGGCACCGUAUAUGCUCAGAUACUGUUCGAGGAGCAGCAGCUAUGAGAGAAACACACACACCACUGGUAACUGUGCCUUGUGUAAAAAAUAUUGUCUAUUUAUAGUCUGUAUUGUUUUGUAUUCAAAUGGUUUGUGAAGGGCAAAAUGUGCUAUGUCUCAAAAUUAUGACAAAACUGUACAUAUGAUUUAUAUGAACUUAUAACUUUCUCUUAUGAGACCAAGGUGCAAAAGGGAAAUGUUUUGUGUACUGGUAGUACUUUUCUUUUGCACGCAUGUUUGAAUCCUGUGUAACUCAAACUGGGAACACAAUAGAAGACUCCAAUGCUGAUUUAGACCAGAUUUGUCCAUCAUUACAAUCACAAGUGAGAUUGGCUACUUCAUUUUACAGGCUAAUCUGAGCCUUGUUUCAGUCGAUAUUUGCAACGUUAUCGACAUCAAGAUUACUCUGAAGUGAGGUGAUAAGGGUAACCAGGGGGUAAUUAGCUUAGCUUAGCAUAAAGAGCAGAGGCAGGGGAAAUCAGCUGGCCUGCCUGUAGCUAGCAAGCAUGCUACAUGGCUAGGGGAAGUUAGUUUUUCCACAGUUUGAGUUCCUGUACAUCCCUAACUGCCUGUAAAAUGUUUGUUUGUCACAAUGAGAUACAAUGCAUUAACUUAAUUUGUUAACUUUAAAGGCGUUGUACUUCUGAACUUUAGAAAACCAGGCUAACUGUUUUCCCUCCAGACUUUGGGACUUUCCCAAGUUAAGCUAAUUGCCUCCCGGCUUUAGCUUCAUGCUUAAUGUACAGACAUGAGAGAGGUAUGGGUCUUCUUAUCUAAGCUAUUACCCCUUUAAAUCUACAAAUUCACAUUAUUCUUGAUGCUGGCAUCAAUACAUUUAAAUACACAAAGGCUCUAUGUAAGCAACAAACUUCAUUUUGUUUGUUGCGCUUCAUAAACUGAUAAACCGAUAUACUGGUUCCUGUGAAAUCAUAGCUCACAUUUAUUUGACACUCACUCGCACAGUGAAUUGUGGGAAACCCCGUCGAGACUCAGCAGAUUUAUGAACAGGAGACAAAAUAAAUUAGAGACAUCCGUUGUUAUGAAUGUGAUUCACUUCUAGUGUGUUCCCAGCAUUAUCUGCCUCACAACAUCUGCACUCAGCCUGUUUUUGUGUGUCAGGCUGCAGUUUAUAAUGACCACAGCUCCACAGAGUUGAUAUUAAUGUAGCGAUUAGCCCCCCAACCCCCUUAAACAGGCAAGUAUGUGAGACCAUGCGAGCCCUUUCAUCUGGUGCCAACAUCAACUUAACAGGCUGUCAGCAACACACAUGUAUAUAUACAUACAUGCAAGGGUGGAGGUGCAUGCAGGAUAAACACCAUUAUAGGUUCACACACAAAGGCACAUACUGUAAAUCCAAAAAGCUGCAAACAAUUUUGACACCUGAUCUUCAAACAAGGACAAACACAGACCAGUUUACUUAAAAUUUUAAGGUGAUUUUGUUGUUGGAGAUGAGAUAAGAGCCAGAGGCCACAUCAGCUGUAGUCCCACAUACCUUUGCUAUGGCCUCCUUGCUUUCUCACUUUCCAUGAAUUUGAGCGUGAAAGUGCUUAGGACUCUUUUUCCAUUUAAUGAUCCUCUGGAUUCAGGCAUGGAAAAAGCCAAGGAGAGUUUUUUAAACAGUGAACUUGAAACCCAGACACAAAGGCACCGGAUCCCUCCCUUCUCCCAAGACUUCCACUAUCUUAUGUGGAGUUAUCCAUGCAGAAGGAGCCCUACUACAAAGGAAGUCCUCCUGAAUGUUAGCUAAACUGGCUAAUCACCCAGUAACCAGUAGUUUGAGUCACUUGUGUAAAAUCAUUUGACUCCUCUCCCCUUUAAAGUUAAGUAACCACUUUAUGAGAAACUAUGUAGCAAUUAUAGUUAGCUGAUAUCCACAUGUAAGCGUAUGAAAAGUUGUAUGUAAAAUUGUAUAGUUAUAGUCUCGAUCAGAAGUUGUAGCACAAAAGCUAACUUCCAAAAUGGCUGCCUGUCACUUGAAAAGGCAGCACAGGACAGGGGUUUCUGGUUAUCACUGCAAAUUUAAAACAAAAUCCUACAGCAAGCUUACAGUUAUGUACUUGGACAUCUUUUGCUCCCCUCACUAUAUAUUAUUACAUUACAAUGUAAACCACUGUUGACCUCUGCAUUUGUUAGCAUUCCAAGUUUCCAUUGUUCUCUUCUGUUCAUUUCAGCUGCACAGUGUGUAUUAUCCUGAUAUAGAAUGACUGAAAGUGACCUUUCAGUGGUGGGUAGAAGUGUCUUAAAAAUGCCCUUAAACUGUGAAAUGUAAAGUUUCUUCCAGACCACAUUGUCCUUAAUGGGAGUCCACUAACCAGAACCAUGUGUGUGAAUGGUGCCUCUCUGCUCUCUCCCACUCUUCCCCUCUUCCUCUCUGCCCACCACUGACCUCUGCAUUCACCAGCAUUCCAGCAUUUCUGCUCUUGUUCAUUUUGUACAUUUAAGCUGUACAGUUUGUCUAUCAAUGAAUGAAAUAAAUACGAAAGUGGAUGUAA